AUGACCUCAACAACUUUGCCUCACACCAACCAUAUCAAGGUGAAGGAUCUCAACUCGGGGGUCCCAUUAAUCCAAGGCAAGACUAAAGAUGAACUGUACGAGUGGCCAGCCUCUAUGUCUACUAUCAACUCUUUCUUUGCAUCCUCCUCACCCAAAACAACACUAGUGGAUUGGCACAAUCGACUAGGACAUCCGUCCCUUUCUACUCUCAAAAGUUUACUUUCUAGCUUAUCUAUUCCUUUCUCGCAAUCUGUAACGCCACACUCUUUAUGUUCUGAUUGCUCUAUCAAUAAAUCCCACAAAUUACCCUUCUCUCAAUCCUCAAUUGUCUCCACUAAACCUCUUGAAUAUAUCUUCUCUGAUGUCUGGACCUCUCCAGUCAUCUCCAUUGAUAAUUUCAAAUAUUAUCUUGUGCUCAUCGACCACUAUACGAGAUACACAUGGCUAUACCUAUACCCAUUAAAAACCAAAGCUCAAGUCAAAGAUGUGUUCAUACCGUUCAAAGCCCUCGUCGAAAAUAAAUUCAACACCAAGAUCGGAACCUUCUAUUCCGAUAAUGGAGGAGAAUUUGUUGCACUUCGAUCGUUCCUGUCUGCUUCCGGAAUCUCGCAUCUCACCUCUCCGCCUCAUACACCGGAGCACAAUGGCAUCUCAGAACGGAAGCACCGCCACAUCGUGGAGACAGGACUCACUCUCCUGACUCACGCAGGUAUGCCCAAAUCCUAUUGGACAUACGCAUUUGCUGCCGCCGUGUACCUCAUUAACCGGUUACCAACACCAGUCAUCGACAACAACUCACCAUUCCAAAAGCUAUUUGCCACCUCUCCGAACUAUUCCAAAUUACGCGUCUUCGGGUGCCUCUGUUUUCCCUGGAUAAAACCUUACAACUCCCACAAGCUUGAGGAUCGAUCGACACCGUGCGCCUUCAUUGGCUACUCACCAACUCAGAGUGCCUACCUCUGUCUCCAGCCAUCAUCUGGUCGCAUCUACGUAUCUCGUCAUGUGAAAUUCGAUGAGCACAUAUUCCCAUUUCAAAAACAAUCCUCCAAUCCACCAUCAGAACCGUUGGUGGUUUCUCCAAUCUCUUCACCACCGAUCUCUCUUGUACCACUUCCUGUGCCACUCGUUCAGCCGUCGCCGGGACCACCGAGCUUGGAUUCUCACCAGACAGUGACGGCUUCAUCCACUGAAUCGACAUCGUCUUCCUCCGGAAACGAUGGAGAUUCCGAUAGCCAUUCGCAGCGCCUGAAUUCCACAGGUAUGUCAGAGACGACUCCUUUACUUUCUGACCCAAUCUCACCAAGCCCAAACCCAUUAAACCUAAAUCCAACCAUUAAUGAAAACCAAAACAACAGCCCAUCACCUAACCCAAACACAUCAACUAACUCGGCCCAUUCUCCAAAUCCCCAAUCCUCAUCUGAACAAUCUCCUUCUCCGACCAAUUCUCCCUCUCCGAUCAACUCUCCCUCUCCACCACCACCCCAACCAAACCUUCACCAAAUGCAAACCCGCAGAAAAAAUAACAUCUUCAAACCCAAUCUAAAAUACAAUCUCUCUGCUGCCCUAUCCACUCACAUACCCGCAGAACCUAGAACCGUGAACCAAGCGUUGAAAGACAAGCGAUGGCGAGGCGCAAUGUCUCACGAAAUUGACGCCUUUGCUGUGAACCGGACAUUUGAUCUCCUAGAGUCUCCCUUGUAA